UCUCAUUGUUUGAAUUAAUUUGCAGAAUUCCUUUUCAAAGCUUCAUUUUUGUCCAGUACAGUUUGAACGAGUCGCUAAGUAAAAACAAACUCUUGAUUUGAAUUCUCACUCACACAUCAAUGAAACUUGUUACUUGUAAAACCACCCAAACCGCUGCUUCAACUCUCCUCCACAAUGUGCUGCGCUCCCUCCACUCUGCUUCUCCUCUUUCUUGCUUCCAUCCUCUCUGUGUGCUCCUCCCAUGCGAAGAACAUGCUUCCCUCUGAGGUUGAGACCAUUUUCAAGAUCAUGGAAUCCAUUUCCUCGGAUGAAAAAUGGAGAAUCUCUUAUCCCAACCCUUGUAAUCCUGGCUCAACCUGGCUUGGAAUUGAAUGCAAACUAGGACAAGAUAACCACCUUCAUGUCUCCAGGCUUGAUUUUGGUACUCGUCCAAACCCAACUUGCAAGAACACAGCUGCAUUUCCUUACGAAAUCUUUGAUCUUCCUCAUCUCCAAUCUGUUUUUUUCUUUCAGUGCUUCACUCACACUAAAACCACGCUCUCUGCUUCACCAAAUAGAGGAGCCUUCUUCGAUUCUUCACUUCAACAACUCAGUCUUAGAUCAAACCCUGCACUUGUUGGUCCGAUCCCACCACAAAUUUCCUCCCUAAAGUCUUUAGAGAUUCUUACAUUGUCACAAAAUCGCCUUUCUGGGCGUAUUCCAGUUGGGAUUUUUAGCUUGAACUCGUUAGUCCACGAUCUGAGCUACAACAUGCUUACGGGUCCUGUACCGAUCCAGUUGGGGAAUCUCAACAACCUUCAAGGCCUUGAUUUGAGCUACAAUUCAAUUACUGGACCAAUUCCUGGCACCAUUGGCCGCUUGGGUAUGCUUCAAAAACUUGAUUUGAGUUCAAAUUCAUUCAUUGGUACCAUUCCUUACAGCAUAGAAAAGCUCACUUUAUUGACUUUCAUGGCUUUGAGUAACAACAAAUUGAGGGGAAGUAUUCCAAAAGGAAUUCUGAAGUUGCAAAGUUUGCAGUACUUCAUCAUGGAUGAUAAUCCAAUGUAUAUACCUUUGCCGGCAGAGUUUGGUAAACUGGUGAAACUGCAAGAGCUGAGGCUCGCCAACUCAUGCUACUCAGGAACUAUACCACCAAGCUUUUCACAGCUUGUCAAUCUAAGCACAUUGUCUCUGCAAAACAACCGAUUAACCGGUAAAAUCCCAGAAGGAUUCAGCAGCCUCUCUCGCAUAUACCACUUGAAUCUUAGUGGAAACUUGUUGGGAGGUGUUAUCCCUUUCAAUGCAAGCUUCUUGAAGAGAUUAGGAAGGAAUUUGGACCUAAGUGGCAACCCGGGUCUUUGUUUGAGUCCAUCUGAAGCAUAUAAUAAUGUCAAGAGUGGCAGUGGAGUUGGUGUCUGCGGCACUGGUUCUCCGAUCAAGAAAUCUCAAGCUGCAGCUCAUGGAUUAUCCAAAUUAUUCUUCCUGUUUGCUGCUCUGGUUUUUCAUGUAAUGCACCGAAUGCUAUUUUAAUUAGUGUGUUGUUAAACCUUUCUUCUUUUCUUAAUUCAAUUCUUGUUUUAAUUUGGUUUUUUUAGAGUUAAUCUUUUUAUGUUGGGUUCUGUUUGCGAAAAGAGUAAUGAUUAGUGUGUUAUUUUGCCCCAA